AUGGGUCAUGGCGUGGUUACCACCCUCGUGCAAGUGGUGGGCACCUUGCGCUCGUGCGCGAAACCCUCGUGUGAGCGGAAGUCCAAGCAGCUGCAGUGGCUGCUGGACAACUACGAAACGGCGGAAGGGGUCAGCCUGCCCCGCAGCUCCCUCUACAACCAUUACCUGCGCCACUGCCAGGAGCACAAGCUGGACCCGGUCAACGCCGCCUCCUUCGGGAAGCUGAUCCGCUCCGUCUUCAUGGGCCUGAGGACGCGCCGGCUGGGCACCAGGGGGAACUCCAAGUACCAUUACUACGGGAUCCGUCUCAAGCCAGAGUCGCCGCUCAACCGUUUGCAGGAAGAUGCCCAGUACAUGGCCAUGAGGCAGCAAACAGCCCACCAGAAGCAGAGGUACCGACCUUCCCAGAAGUUGGAUGGUGCAACGGAGGGAGGGGGCAUCAGUGCCCCCCACACUAGCCCCGAAGAGUCAGUAGCGGCCCAGUGUCAACACCACCAGCAAUACAUUGACGUCACUCACGUGCUGCCUGAAUUCCCAGUCCUGAAUCCGGAAAGCGUCCUCCUGCAGGAAGGGAUCGAGACGCGCGACCUCCAGGCUCUGCAGCUCUUCUACCGCCGGCAUUGCGAGGCCAACGUCGAAGUGGUGGUGAGCCUCCAGCUGCCAUUCCUCGAGAAACUUUGGCGUUCCUUCUGGAAUUCCGAAUCCAUCCCCAGCCGGACGGGCGCUUCUGCCGCCGGAGCCUCCAGCGAAGAGUCCUAUGAAGCCAUCCUCCCGAGACACCAGCUGAUCGCCUUGUGCAAACACGAGCCCAUCCUGGCCUGGAUGCGGAGCUGUGACCACCUCUUGUACCAAACCCUGGUGGAGAUUCUCAUCCCGGACGUUCUCCGGCCUGUUCCCG